CCGCCCCCGGCGCGCGCUGCCACCGCCUCCUUUCCGGCCGUCGCAAAAGGGGCGUAAAAAAAAGCGCCGCCCGGUGCGGGGAGCGGAGGAUCUUAUGGUUCUCCAGCCCAGCUGCUGCCUGCCCAAGACAAUUCCUAGGCCACCCAACCCAUGAGUGGGCACCGGAGCAUCAAGAGGCGAUGUGGGGAGUCGCACCUGGAGGGCCCCGCAGGCUGUGGGCACGGCCCCGCCGCCGCCUGCGUGCUCAGCAAGCUGGUGCAGCUGCCCACGCCGCCCCUGUCUAAGCACCAGCUCAAACGGUUAGAGGAGCACAAAUACCAGAGUGCCGGACGGUCCCUGCUCGAGCCCCUCAUGCAGGGCUACUGGGAAUGGUUAGUUGGGAGAGUUCCAGCCUGGAUUGCCCCCAACCUGAUCACCAUCAUCGGACUGUUAAUAAAUAUAUUUACAACUCUGCUACUAGUAUGUUACUGCCCAACAGCUACAGAACAGGCACCUCCAUGGGCAUAUAUUGCUUGUGCUUGUGGCCUUUUCAUCUACCAGUCCCUGGAUGCUAUAGAUGGAAAACAAGCAAGAAGGACAAAUAGCAGCACUCCGUUAGGAGAGCUUUUUGAUCAUGGCUGUGAUUCACUGUCCACAGUCUUUGUGGUUUUGGGAACUUGUAUUGCUGUGCAGCUGGGCACCAACCCUGACUGGAUGUUCUUUUGUUGUUUUGCUGGGACGUUCAUGUUUUACUGCGCGCACUGGCAGACGUACGUCUCGGGGACGCUGCGCUUCGGCAUAUUUGAUGUGACAGAGUCCGUGCUCUGCACUGUAAUAAUCCAGCUCCUCACGGGAACGCUGGGGCCCUGGCUCUGGAACUACACGAUUCCAAUACUGAAUAUUCAGGUGAAAAUAUUCCCAGCUCUCUGUACUGUGGCAGGAACCAUAUUCUCCUGUACAAACUACUUUGGUGUGAUCUUCACGGGUGGAGUUGGCAAAAAUGGAUCCACUAUAGCAGGAACGAGUGUCCUCUCACCUUUUCUCCAUAUUGGCUCAGUGAUCGCCUUGGCUGCAAUGAUCUACAAGAAAUCUGCUGUGCAGCUCUUUGAGAGGCACCCCUGCCUCUACAUUCUGACUUUUGGCUUUGUGUCUGCUAAGAUCACAAAUAAACUGGUGGUUGCCCAUAUGACCAAGAGUGAGAUGUAUCUGUAUGACACAGCAUUCAUAGGCCCAGCACUGCUGUUCCUUGACCAGUAUUUUAACAGCUUUAUUGAUGAAUAUAUUGUCCUCUGGAUUGCCCUGAUCCUGUCCCUGUUCGACCUGCUCCGAUACUGUGUCAGUGUGUGCAACCAGAUCGCUGCCCACCUGCACAUCCACGUGUUCCGCAUCAAGGGCUGCCCCUCGCACUCAAACCACCACUAGGGACGGCCGCUGCUGCAGGGGAAGGGAGGAGGAGUUGGGUUUCCACGGAAUGGAUGAAGACUUGUAGGAGACUAAGGCAAAAAGCAGAUAAGAACAAAGUAAUUUAUAAUAAUCAAUGUUGUAUAACUUUUCUUCUUUGUUAUCAGUAACACUCCUAACUAGUCUCCUGCCUGAGAGAGUGAAUUUCAAGUACACCCUAGUCAACUCUCCACGUAGUCAACUCUGUUGGUUCCAAGCCCGGGAAAGCAUGCAGGGAGUAAUGCUCUGUCUUUGUAAUUACCUUGAUUACAAAUUAAUCUCUAUAUGGUGAAUGGAUCCCCACCAACUGAAGUUUCUAAUGUAGUAUAAUUACAGCUGCAAUCUGAUUUGCUUUUAAUUUUAAUAUUUCAUCAUCUCUUAGUGAUAUACUUGUUUAGUGUCCACUUGGAAUUUAUUUACUAAAGACCUGAGCUGGUAAAACCCAGAGAUAUCUCACUAAGUUGUGUGGCUGCAGCAGCUGCCAGGUGGGAGCCAGGCUGGGGUGGAUUUUGCUCGUGCAUUGCUGACAAAGCGGUUUCAUGCUGAACAGGGUCCUGCGAGCCAAGGGGUGCCCGGCAUGCAAAAUAGUGUGGUAUCUUUGUCAAUUAAUUUUAUUUUUUUAAAUAAACAUUAUCUAAAAAGACAACUUAUUUCUCAAUUUUCUUCAGUGGAAAAGACUAUAAGAAAAAAAAUUUACUGUUUACUUUUUUAUGUAUAAAACUUAAGCAAAAUUUCCUUUCUGCUCUUAAUAAAUAAGAAUUCUGAGAGCAACA